GGUAAUUAAGUUGUGUAGAGGUAGGUAGAGUGCGCCAGUGGCACCGACAGCCCGCUCUCUUUCUGCGCGGCCAGUGCCACACCAGACAUACAGGACCCACCAUGCUGUCCAUCGUCAUCGUUGCCGUCCUCCUCUUCGCCUCCGGUAACAGCUUGCCGGUGUUGGACGCGCCAGCAUGCCCAGAGCAGCACGGCGUUCAGACGUACGAGCACCCAGAAGCAUGUGAUCACUUCUUCAAGUGUACUAACGGCACAUUGACGCUGGAGCAGUGCGAGAACGGGCUCCUGUACGACGGCAAGGGCAACGUACACAACCACUGCAACUACCACUGGGGCGUCGAGUGCGGAAACAGGAAGGCUGUGUUGGUACCAGAGAGCUCCCCAGGAUGUGAGUACAAGUUCGGUAUCUACCCAGAGAGCGCGUCCUGCAGCACCAACUACAUAAAGUGUGAGCACGGAUACCCUUACCAGACCCCUUGCGAGCCUGGACUGGCCUACGACGACAAGACUCACUCCUGCAACUGGCCUGACCUCCUGCUCGACUCCUGCAACCCUGAGGCCGUGCUUGGAUUCAAGUGUCCCGAGAAGGUUGACCCUCACUCCACCGCUGCCAAGUUCUGGCCCUACCCCAGGUUCGCAGUCCCCGGAGAUUGUGAGCGCCUCAUCACCUGUGUCAACGGCUUCCCCCGCCUCAUCACCUGCGGCGACGGUAAGGUCUUCGAUGAGUCCACCCUCACCUGUGAGGAGCCCCAGGACGCCCGCUCCAAGUGUGGUUUCGGCAAGAAGUAGAUGAAGAUGUAUUGAACGGAAGGAGGCGCCAUUUAUUUUAAAACCAUUCUAAAAGCGGAAGAAAAGUGUUAGAAUAAUCCUGAGGGUAUCUCUUGGUUUCCAAAAGUCACAACGUACAACAGUUUAUCAAAAGAAUUUUUGUAAAAAUAAAGGUUGCCAAAUGUGUGUAUAUUAGUAAUUAUAAAUAGUCUAUGUAACUAUAUUAAUUAAAUUUUGUACAAAAAUACUUCUUCACUGCUAAUUAUUGGUAUGUAUUAUUUGUGCCUCGAACAUAUUUUAUUGCAAAUCCCAACGAUCUGAAAGUUAUUAAAACAUAAGCACAACAUUCAGUUGAAUAUUAUUUCAUUGUUGUACAUUUUUUGUUAACUUAAGUUAAGGUACUAAAAAUACCUUUUAACUGUUUUUUUAUUUUAACCAAUACAGUCCUACACCAAAUAACAGAAAACUAACGGAUGUUCUCUACUUUUAACUGAGAACGUCAAUUCGAAAUUACAUGAGCUGCAUGUUGUUUAAUUAUUAGUCUAAAUUAUUUUUAAGUCAAAUAACCCAAAUUUUUCAAGGCAUUUGGUAAUUUUCGUAUUAUUGCCAAUUAAAAGUUUAGCCUGAUACAAAUGAUCCAGCCCCAUUUUGUUUAAAUAAUGUAUCUUUGAAUCGUGAUAAAGUUUUUAUUUCGAGAA